AAAAAAUGAGUUUUGCCGAUCCGUGGGUGAAGCAGGACCGCCAACAUAAUAUUAGUGAUUCGCUGUCCGGCACCACUACCGCAAACGACGAAGCGACAACCUACGCAGCGACGGAGCGACAGACAGAUUCUACGAGUCGCUCAGCAUCACUCGCUUCGCUCGAGUUUGAAGAUAAUUUCGAUCCCAAGCUGAACCCACGUCAACCGCAAGAUAAUCGGCUUCCGGAUUCGGAUAACUAUUUAGCAGUGCUAGAGAAGCGACUGGACCGUCUGAAGCACAGUUCCAGUGUUUUGCAGCAGCUGUCAGAACGUCGUGAGGCGUGCAUGCGGUCAUUGUUAAGCGAUUCUACGACGCUGCGAGGGGAGCUUCUUGAGCUGGAGGAACCCGUAAACAACAGCGAGCUACUAAGAUUCAUACGCCCAGUCCAGGCACUGUCGCAGGCAGAAAUCGUACGACUCGUGCAUCACGAUCAGUUGCAGAAGGAAGAACACGAAGAAUCGCGCGAGGGUGAAGAAAGCGGCACCGAAAGUUCCACAUCACGCUAAAGGAAGUUCGAGAAACGCAGCGGA